AUGGAUCUUUACCCUGAAGUGGAAAGCUGCAACAACUCAGAUAACAGUCAUCACGCUAUAAGCAGUUUGGUCACCGCAGCAGCUGCCUCCUCACCAUCAACCACCUCCGCUCCAAGCCGCUACGAGAACCAGAAGCGUCGAGACUGGAACACGUUCGGUCAAUACUUGAAAAAUCACCGUCCACCGCUUUCACUCUCCCGGUGCAGCGGCGCCCAUGUCCUUGAAUUCCUCCGCUACCUCGACCAGUUUGGAAAGACUAAAGUCCAUACACCGAUAUGCCCGUUUUACGGGCAUCCAGACCCUCCUGCUCCUUGCCCUUGCCCACUUCGGCAAGCAUGGGGCAGUUUGGAUGCAUUGAUUGGCCGACUUAGAGCAGCCUACGAGGAGAACGGGUGGCCUCCUGAGACGAAUCCUUUUGGGGCUCGAGCAGUGAGACUGUACCUGCGAGAGGUUCGUGAUUUGCAAUCAAAAGCAAGAGGGAUCAGUUACGAGAAAAAGAAACGAAAGAGAGGUCCAACACACGAACAUCAUCAGUUGCCAAGCUUUUCAACAUUCCAAGCUCUCCCUCUUCCACCAGGCGAUCACAUCUAA